GCAGACGGGCAGGUUAACGCGCAAGUGUUCUGCACGAAUCAAGCGGGCUAAGGACUGCUGCUCUCUCUGCGAGUAGUAGCGAUUGUUUCAAACAAUUGCAAUCGUUUCGGCCCCUUGCACUGUAUUGUCGGCCGCGGCGUUGCUGGUUGAUGGUUGCCGUGCGUUCUCGUGUAUUAUUGUUGAUCGCGGUGGUGCCUACAUGUGCGGGGGAUUUAUUUAUUAUAAUUAUCGCCGUCGGUUGUGACAAGUGUGGAAGAGCAUCCGCGCGAGGUGAUAAUGUUUUGGCACAUUCGCACGUGAGUCACCGGAAUCGUUCGACACUCGACCUCAAGCAAGAAGCAAAUCGGAAGAAAGAAGCCACACCACCCAUGACUAAGCAAGAAAGCGCGUGUUGCUUAAAUGAUCGACGGGCGAAUUAAGCAGCCCGGUAGUCGCCACAGUCAAUCCGGCGGAUCGUGACCACACGGCAUAACCAUUGGCGUAGAGAUUUCCCCUUCACUUUGCCCAAUGGGGGGCGAUACCUCCCCCGAGCAGCAGUACUCGUUGCGGUGGAACGACUUCCAUUCGUCGAUACUGUCGUCGUUUCGACACCUUCGCGACGAGGAAGAUUUCGUGGACGUCACCCUGGCGUGCGACGGAUGUUCCUUCACGGCACAUAAGGUGGUGCUUUCAGCAUGCAGUCCCUAUUUUCGGAGACUGCUUAAAGCCAAUCCCUGCCAACAUCCUAUAAUAAUACUCAGGGACGUCCAGCAAAAAGACAUGGAGAAUUUAUUAAGGUUUAUGUACAACGGUGAAGUGAACGUUGGUCAAGAAAACUUGACGGAUUUUUUAAAGACUGCACAAAUGUUACAAGUGAGGGGACUCGCCGAUGUUUCGGCAGGAGCGGCUACUCAAAGACUGACCACCACCUCAGAAGAAAAGAUCUCGCAACCUUCGACGCUGCCAUGGAACUCCGAUCGUCCGGAAGCUUUACGCGAAGAAGGUCUCUCUCCACCCCCGGCCAAAAGAGCCAGAAGCUCCGAGAGGGAUUUCUCGUCACAGGAGCGCGCCGUCAGUCCUGCUAGCAGAAACAAUAACGGCGACUUACCCGGCUCCCUUCUCGGACAAGCCCUUGAAGGCGGAACCAAUGCCAUCGCGAAAGAGAAAAGUAAUUCAGAAUCUCCCGUGCAGGCGCAAUCGACUGGUGAUGAUAGCAGUAGUAGUGACACCGCGAUAAGCGAUCACGGGGACCCAGUAACGCCCAAGACUGAACCACCGGACUACCCUCUGUUGGAUGAGCACAACCCUUUUCACACCAACGGAGGCCUGUUGGACCAGACGAGACCGCCGUCGUUUCCCGGUGCUUUGUUGGGACUGCAAGGUUUGAGCGGGCUCAUUCCCGGUCCGUCGGGAAUGCACGGCAAUACAAAUGAUUUCGUGUCAAGAAGGUCUCUGGAUAUGAUGAGGGUACGAGCCACGGAUCCGCGUCCCUGUCCGAAAUGCGGAAAAAUUUACAGGUCCGCCCAUACGCUCCGGACGCAUCUGGAAGACAAACACACGAUAUGUCCCGGCUACAGGUGCGUCCUCUGCGGUACGGUGGCCAAAUCUAGGAACUCUUUACACUCGCACAUGUCGCGGCAACAUCGCGGGAUCAGUACGAAAGAUUUGCCGGUGUUGCCGAUGCCGGCACCGUUCGAUCCAGAACUUGCAAGCAGGUUACUCGCAAAAGCGGGGGUGAAAAUAAGUCCGGCCGAAUUGCGAGCUAGGGCAUCGCCCACCGGUCCGCGACGUUCGGACGUCAAAUUGGACGCGAAAAGCGCAUACUCUGGCGCACCUUCGGAAGCAGGCAGCUCUAUAUGCGGAGACAACGACCCCGAAGACCUUACCGUGUCCAGGUACGGUGGUUUAGACUACGGGAUGUCACCCCCGCUGAACCAACAAAACAAUUUUAAACCGACCAGGUUGAACGCUUCCGGCGGACAAGCAGUCGCCGUGAAGAGCAUAGACUCCCUCCAGCAUCUAUCCAAAGAACCCUACCCCGCGCCUUUGGCACCACCCGGGGCCAACCUUAUGAAUUCGGCACUGAUAGAUACUUAUAUUCAAUUUAUUACUGAAAACAGCGGCAUGAUGGCCGGCAUGAUCAACCCAGAGCAAGCUGCCGCCGCCAUGCAGGCUGCCAAGAUAGCACAGCUCAACGCUAUGGGAAUGGAUAAGAUGGCCCAGCAACAUUUUCUGGAGAAGAUUCAGCAACAGAACGCUAGUGAUUUGAUGAAAAGGGGCACCAUAGACGCCGAUGUGAUCAACAACAGAAUCGACAAAGAUGGCGACGAGGAAGGCGAGUCUUCUGGAGCCGAGGAUGACUAUAGCGACGAUGAAGUCGAGCCCGAAGGGGUAAAAGCUGGCGAAUAAAAUUUAUCGGGUG